UGGAUUUCUAAAACCAUGACCAAGCCUACUCACUUAGAAAUAAAAUUAAAUCUUAAAAGUUCUUACAGCAAAUAUCAAUUGCUCCUAAUUCCCAUUUUAAAUUAUUCAUUUUGUUAGAUAUUGCUAUCACUUUUUGGCUACAGUUUUCUCCUCAAUAGCCUUAUGAUUACCAUUACUGUUCCUAUGUGGCCUAGUAACAAAGUCUGUUGUUCAUGCCAUUUAUGAGUCAUGUAUUUCAGGGAACUUAAUGUUUAGUUCAACAUUUAUGCUUCUGACCAACUUUUAUAUUUUAAUAAUUUGGUGUGCUUAUUGGGACAAUUAAAGAGUGUGCCUCUUACACACGUGACCUUAUAGAACUCAUCAGAGACCAGUUGCACUGUUAAAGAAUCAUAGCUGACUGUGGGAAGUUUCCGUGGCCAGAAGAGUGACGCUUAGAUGUUCCUUUACAUCAGCAGGCAAUUUGCCUCAAGAUCUAGAGUGAGCUUGAAAACCAACUUAAACAAACAAAACACAAGCAUGCACCCUCAAGCAAGCCCCCUAAGAACUCCUUUACACUGUCAACUUGAGAAACACUGACAACUUAAAAGUCUUUAUAAUGCUCAGAUUUGUAUAAAAGUCUUCAUAAUGUUCCGUUAGUGUUCGGCGUUUGAAAAUAUCUCAUGAAGUUAUUGAUUUGAACGCAUGGUGGCGGUGUAGGCUAAGAGAAUGAGUAAGAAGUCUUUAGCGCCCUUGGAAGCCCCGUACAAGCAAAAUACGGAACCAUUUGCUACUGCAGCUAAGACAAAAGCACCCCGGAGAAGAGGGGUCACCGGGAACGUGUAAGACCAAGUCCAAAAAUUUCACAACAAAGACUUUCCGGAAGGCCAAAGUUACCUCCGUGAUAAAGAGCUGAAAGGGAUCUUCCCUCCUGUAUCAGUAGAGAUGCCACACACAAAGGCGUGGUGCAAGACAAGGCAAGUGAUGAUUUUAAUUGCAUGGAUGCUUUCGUGGGAGGUGGGUUCAGAAUCAAUUCACUAUACCAUGCUGGAGGAGACAGAAAGUGGUACGUUUGUGGCUAAUUUGACUAAGGACUUGGGACUAAGGGUGGGAGAACUGGCUGCUAGGGGCGCUAGAGUGGUUUUCAAGGGGAACAGACAUUAUUUGAAGCUUGACCCACAAACCCAGGAUUUGGUGCUCAAUGAAAAGCUGGACCGGGAAGCGCUGUGUGGCUCCACGGAGCCUUGUAUGCUGCCUUUCCAGGUGUUACUAAACAACCCUUUGCAGUUUUAUCAGGCGGCACUGAGAGUUAUAGAUAUAAACGACCACGCCCCAGAGUUUCCUGCCAGAGAGAUGCUCCUUAAAAUAUCAGAAAUGGCUGAGCCAGGAAAGAUAUUCCCUUUGAAAAUGGCACAGGACCUAGAUACCGGCAGCCACAGCAUUCAGAGCUACACUGUCAGCGACAACCAUCACUUCCACGUACUCACUCGUAACCGCAGCAAUGGCAAGAAGUUCCCCGAGCUAGUGUUGGACAAGGCAUUGGACCGUGAGGAGCAGGCUCAGCUCAGACUAACCCUCACUGCGGUGGAUGGCGGGUCUCCCCCCAGGUCAGGGACCACAGAGAUUCAAAUACUUGUCUUAGAUAUAAAUGACAACACUCCAGAGUUUGCUCAGGAACUCUAUGAGGUCCAAGUCCCUGAGAACAACCCCAUUGGUACACUGCUUCUUACCGUCUCAGCGAGAGAUUUAGACACAGGAUCCUUCGGAGAGGUUUCUUAUGCACUGUUUCAAGAUGACGGUGUUAACGAGCCAUUUGUAGUAAACUCAAAGACAGGAGAAAUUCGACUGAGGAGCACUUUGGAUUUUGAAGCAUUUCAGUCCUACCAUGUGGGUGUUGAGGCUGUGGAUGGCGGUGGGCUCACAGGAAAGUGCUCUUUAGUCGUGCAGGUGUUGGAUGUGAAUGACAAUGCUCCGGAAGUGAUCCUAUCCUCUCUCAACAGCCCCAUCCCUGAAAACUUGCCAGGCAUCAUAGUAGCAGUGUUCAGCGUUUCAGAUGCAGACUCGGAAAAAAACCAGGAGGUGAUGUGUUCCAUAGAUGACAAUCUUCCAUUUCUUCUAAGACCAUCCAUGGAGAAUGUCUAUACUUUGGAAACAGAUAGGGCACUAGACAGAGAGAGCAGAGCUGAGUACAACAUCACCAUCAGAGUCACCGACAUGGGCACACCCAGGCUCACAACCCAGCACACCAUAACAGUGCAGGUCUCUGACGUCAAUGACAAUGCCCCCGCCUUCACACAAAGCUCCUACACCCUGUUUGUCCACGAGAACAACAGCCCCGCCCUGCACAUAGGCACCAUCAGCGCCACAGACACAGACUCAGGCUCCAAUGCCCACAUCACCUACUCGCUGCUGCCAACUCGCGACCCGCAGCUGGACCUCUCCUCGCUCAUCUCCAUCAACGCCAACAACGGACAGCUGUUCGCGCUCAGGGCGCUGGAUUAUGAGGACCUGCAGAGCUUCGAGUUCCGCGUGGGAGCCACAGACCAAGGCUCGCCCGCGCUCAGUAGCCAGGCACUGGUGCGCGUGCUGGUGCUGGACGCCAACGACAAUGCGCCCUUCGUGCUCUACCCGCUGCAGAAUGCGUCUGCGCCCUUCACAGAGCUGCUGCCCAGGGCGGCAGAGCCAGGCUACCUGAUCACUAAGGUGGUGGCUGUGGACCGCGACUCUGGCCAGAAUGCCUGGCUGUCAUUCCAGCUGCUCAAGGCCACCGAACCCGGUCUGUUUAGCGUGUGGGCUCACAAUGGCGAGGUGCGCACCUCCAGGCUGCUGAGUGAGCGCGAUGCGCCCAAGCACAGGCUGCUGCUGCUGGUCAAGGACAAUGGCGAUCCUCCGAGGUCUGCCAGUGUCACUCUGCAUGUGCUGCUGGUGGAUGGCUUCUCUCAGCCCUACCUGCCUCUGCCGGAAGUGGCGCGCAACCCUGCCCAAGAGGAGGACUUGCUCACGCUGUACCUGGUCAUUGCCUUGGCAUCUGUGUCUUCGCUCUUCCUCUUGUCUGUGCUGCUGUUCGUGGGGGUGAGUCUGUGCAGGAAGCCUAGGGCAUCCGCUCUGGGUGGCUGCUCUUUGCCCGAGGGCCACUUUCCUGGUCACCUGGUGGAUAUCAAUGGCACAGGAACCCUGUCCCAGAGCUACCAGUAUGAGGUGUGUCUCGGGGGAGACUCUGGGACUGGUGAGUUCCAAUUUCUAAAGGCAAUUAACCCCCAAUUUCCUACUUUGGAAUCUGAGAGGAAAACAGAGGAAAGUUCUACACUUCGGAAUAGCUUCCUUUUCAUCUAAAUACUGUAGUAUAGUAGUAAAUUCUGUUUAACCUUCGAAAGAGCUUUUAAGCUGAAUGUGCAUGCUACUGGUGUAUGCUUGCUGAGGCUUAUUGUAUUACAUUUUAUACUAGUUCCUGGAACUGGAAUCCGGUGUCUCAAGCAUGUUAGGCAAAAUCAACCAUAGAGCUAAAUUGUCAACCUGUUUAUUUUUUUUUUCUAUUUUUGAGAUGUGGUCUCACUCUGUAGACUAUGGUAGUCUGGAUCUUGCUAUAUAGAACUGUCUAGCCUAGAACACAGAGAGAGCCACCUGCCUCUGUCACCUUAGUACUAUGAUUAGAGACCUCAGUCAUAAUGUAUCAUCUGGCUUGCCCUGUUGCUAUCAUUCUUGAGAUUGUACCAUUUUUUUUCAAGAUAGGAUUUCUCUGUGUAGCCCUGGCUGGAACUAGCUCUGUAGACUAGGAUGUCCUUGAACUCAGAGAUCUGCCUGCCUCUGCCUGCCAAGUACUGGAAUUAAAGGAAUGCCCCAUCACUGCCCAGUCAAAUUUGUAUCUUAAAUUAUCAGUUUCUGGAGAUUCCACUAGCUUCUCGAUUGCACUUCAUAGUUGUAUUUAAAUUAGUGGCACUAACCUGUAUUUGGCAACUUAAAUAAAAAGUAUUUUAGUAAAAUCUGAAAUCAAAUAAUCUUUUAAAUAUAUCAUCAUGUAAAGCCUUUGAGAUUAUAUUUCAAACAAAUGAUUAAAUUAAUUGCCCUAUUAGUGUGUAGGAAUGUUUUAAAUGUGAAUGUUUGAUAGUACUGAAUUUUGCAAAUUUAGUCUCAUUUAGGGGUAACUAUCAUGUGAACCUCUAAAUAUAAAAAUCUAAGUGCUAAUACACAUACCUUAAUUAGCCAUAAUUAUAUUUUAGUGUAUCUUAGUAAUGUAUUUCUUAAAUAUAAAUUUUACUAAACUAUCAGUAGUUUGUGAACCUUGUGUAAGAACAGUGGGGUGUUUUAGCAUCAAGGUAUUUACAAAUGCUGAAUAAAUAUUUGCUGAACCGUACAACAGUCCUUUUUUUAAAAACAACCCACAUUUUCUACAAAAUAAUUCUAACAUCCUCUCUACAACAAUGUGCUUUUCCCGAUGAGUAGAGGUUUUCUUUUCAUUACAAUCCUGUGAAAUGUUAAGCAAUAUUGCUUACUGGGAUUGUUUUCUGUCCUUCAACACACCAAACAUCUUUCUGCACACUCUACAUUCUACUGCUGAGCAUAAAUUCAGGAGAGCACACUUUACCUUGUUUUUCUCGAAGGGUUUGAGAGUUCAAAGUUAUUUUGUCAAAUCCAAGUUUUACUUUACAAAUUUCACCUUCCCUUUCUCGAGUAUCCAUAUUUUCUCCUCCAGCAUUCUCUGACCUUCAUUUGUUAACUACAAAGCCACGUGUACUCGUAGUCUUGUUUUGUAGGUUACAGUUGCCAAUAUCUUAGGAAAAUGCUCCUUUCAAAUUUCUAUCAAAGGAAGGCAAAUUAUAUUAAGGUGCUCGGUGAAUAUUUACCUUCAACCUUAAUCAAGGUGAACUAUAAUGGCCAAAGGAAGCAUUUUCUCGUAGGGAUUCUGGAAUACCUGCCCUGUCCUUCAAUAACCUCCUUUUUCUUGAGGGAGAGGGUUUUGCUUCUUUUUUUUCCAAGACAUGGUUUCUCUAUGUAACAGUCCUAGCU